AUGUCAAAUUCGCAGUUCGACCUCGAUCACCGCGUCCCGGUCACCGACCAGGAUUUCCCUGGCAAGGAGAGUGAGAUGCCCAAUCCAACGCCUCAGUUCCAACAGAUCUCUACGAGUCAGGGUGGUGUGCAAGACUAUCAGGCGGCAGGAAAAUUGAAGGGCAAGAAGGCCAUCAUCACAGGUGGAGACUCGGGUAUCGGCCGUGCAACUGCCAUAUUGUUUGCCAUGGAAGGUGCCGAUUCCCUGAUCGCAUAUCUCCCUGAGGAAGAGGAGGACGCGCAGGAGAGUAAGAAGCAGGUCGAAAAACACGGCCAGAAGUGCUAUCUGAUCGCAACGGACCUAACAGACCGAGGCAACUGCAAGAAGGUCAUUGACAAAGCCCUGGAAGUCUUUGGUGGCUCCAUUGACAUCCUGUUCAACAAUGCCGCAUACCAGAUGAUGGUUGAGGAUAUCAAAGACUUGUCCGAAGAACAAUGGAUACACACCUUCAAUGUGAACAUCCACCCAUUCUUCUACCUCUCCAAAUACGCCCUCCCUCAUAUGAACGAGGGCAGCACCAUCAUCAACAACGCAAGCAUCAACGCUUACGUUGGCCGGCCAGACUUACUGGACUACACCUCGACGAAAGGCGCGAUAGUCUCUUUCACUCGGGGCUUGAGCAACCAGUAUGUUGGCAAGGGCAUCCGGGUCAAUGCCGUUGCCCCUGGCCCUGUCUGGACUCCUCUGAUCCCGGCGACUAUGAACGAGAAAGCCCAGAAGCAAUUCACGAGCCCAAUGGGCCGGCCGGCUCAACCCAGCGAGAUUGCAACCUGUGUCGUCUUUUUGGCGUCUCGCGACAGUGCCGCUAUCAGCGGGCAAACAAUCCACUGCAACGGCGAAGAUGCAGACAAGCAGCUGAGUCAGCAGUCUCAACUGUCGAACCCAGGCACGCGCCAAGAGCCCCAGCAACUCCCUUGGAGGAUGAUGGAUGAAAGCAACAGCAAUGCUGUUGAGCUGCAUCCCACCGUGGGAGCGGCGGGUGUCAUCCUAGUUGCGCUCUUGACUAUCCCUGCACUUCUGCAAGCUUGGAGAUCGUGCCGCAGCAGCAGCAGAAUCCGCCUGUCCCGCGGUGGCGGCUAUCAAACCCUGUCUCCCGUACCUGCUGCACCUGCGGUGUACGAGAGCGAGGACGGACAGGCCACGGCAGAAUCGGUCAGCGAGUUUUCAGAUAGAGAAGCGCGCACAGCGGCGUGGAUCAGCAUCGUCGUGGGGCUUGGCGCGUCCAUUGCGUCUGGCGUGCUACUGCAGAGGAAUCCUACAGGCGACGGUGGGUCGCCACCAGCUUGGAAGCUCGUUAGCUACUGGGCAGAAGUGCCGGCUUGGACUCUGCUCUUGAUACAAUGUGCCAGCCUCCCGGUCAAGGCCCAGUACGAUGCUCGGUUCAAGCUCGUCAUCGUCGGGCUUGUAUCUACCCUUAGUCUCUUGCUAUCUAUCACUGCUCGGCUGGGGCUUGUCACGAUCCGGGCUCUGCCUUGGAGCUAUCGUCAUUGGCGAGCUUCUCAUGAUGGCGAGCCACUUGCCAUUGCCCUCUGCUGGCUCCUUGAGCACCUUGCGGCUCUCUCCGCCGUUCUUGCCUUUGCUUCCUUCCCGCAUAGGCCGGACGUCUACCACAAGGGCACUCUAGUUGAUCAACAGCACGCUGUCUCCCUGCUCACCCGUCUCGCCUUUUCGUGGAAUCGGCUUGUCUUUGAAAUUUCCCGCGAACGGCAACUCAACCUUGAGGACCUGCCGAUUCUGGAUAGCAACACACGUUCAAGGAACGUCACCGAGAGAUAUCUACGGUCUCAUCCAGAUGGUGGAGACAAACCGAGGCUCUGGAGACAACUCCUUCACGCGUAUCGGUAUGAGCUGGCAAUGCAGUGGGCCUUGACUGCUGUGACAGCGUUGUUGGCAUUGUUUCCUCAAUACGUGCUCUAUCACUUCCUCGAAAGCCUGGAGGAUCAACCUCAAGGCGGAAAGGAGAGGAUGUCCCUUUGGGUCUGGGUUGUCGGACUCGCCGUGGCGUUGUUGCUGCAAGUGUGGGUCGGCAAUUCCAUGCGAUGGCUGACAAGUAGCAAGCUUGAGGCUCCUCUACUGUCACUGCUUCAGUCCUUGGUCUUCCAGAAGGCUCUUCGACUGGAUGAAGCAGCUGACCCCGGAAAGAAGGUACAGGACAAGGAUGAUGGCGAAGACAAGGACGCGGCUGGCAAAGCAAAGAAAGAUGACAAAAAGAAGGAAUCCAAAGCCGGCGGAGGAGAUGUGCGUCAGUCAGUGGUCAACCACAUGAAGUUGGAUAGCGGGCGAGUAAUCAUCUUUCCAUCGUACAACUUUUGGUUCCCGUUGGCCAUUUUCAAGCUCGUUCUGGCAGGCUCGUUCUUGAUUCAGCUUCUUGGAUGGCGAGCCUUCUUCGCCGGGUUCCUCUCGGCGAUCGUUGUGCUCCCCAUCAGCUACCUCAUGUCCAAGAAAUACGGUGCCAUUCAGUUUGGACUCAUGAAGUAUCGCGACGAGAAGGCACACAUCCUCACAGAAGCACUGCAAGGCAUGCGUCAGAUCAAAUACUCCGCUCUCGAGACCCUGUGGGAGAAGAAGAUCCUUAAGAGCCGCGACGAGGAGCUUAAGCAGUACUGGAUCGUCAAUCUUUGGAUGUGCUUCAUGAUCAUGAUCAUCAACCUCGGGCCACUUCUCCUGGCCUCAAUUUCUCUGACCGUAUACACGAUCACGAGUCCCACCGUCAGGGCCUCGGUGAUCUUCUCGUCUCUGGGUCUGUUUGACCAGCUCGACGAGGCUAUCGGUCUGUUGCCAAUGAUUCAAGUCUACAUGAUGGAGGCCUGGACCAGCUGCGUUCGCCUAGAGAAAUAUCUCAGCCAGCCGGAUAAAGCACCUGUGUCUCUUCCCGGAGACAACAUUGUCUUCGACAACGCCACUGUUAGAUGGCCCAAGGUCGAUGAGUCUAAGGAUCAGGAGCAAGCAGUCGAUGAGCAAGAGACUCGCUCGAUUCUUCGCAAUGUUACCCUGGAAUUCCCUCGUGGGGAGUUGAGCGUCAUUGCGGGCAAGACCGGCGCCGGAAAGAGCUUGCUCCUUGCAGCCAUUCUGGGAGAGGUCAAGCUACUGUCUGGAUCGAUCAAGAUCCCCGCCGUGCCGCCUGCCUUGGAGAUUGAAGCUGAUGAGGUACCUGAGGCCGAUUGGAUCAUUCCUUCUCUUACCUCAUUCGUGUCUCAGACUCCUUGGAUUGAAACUGGAACUGUCCAAGAGAACAUCACCUUCGGCAUGCCUUUCAACGAAGCAAGGUAUCAAAAGGUUCUUCGGACAUGCGCGCUGGAAAAGGACAUCGAGCUCCUGGUCGACGGUGACAAGACCGAGGUCGGCCCCAAGGGUGUGACUCUUUCCGGGGGGCAGCGCUGGCGUGUUGCGCUCGCCCGUGCCCUGUACUCCAGAGCUGGUAUCCUUAUCCUCGAUGAUGUGCUCAGUGCAGUCGACGCCCACGUUGGCCGGAUCAUUGUUGACGAAGCCUUGACCGGUGAUCUUGCCCAAGGACGUACCCGCAUCUUGGCUACUCAUCACGCCGAGAUGUGCCUCCCCCGUGCCAGCUAUGUUGUCCGACUUCAGAACGGCGCCCUGGAGAGCGCUGAAAAGCUUACUCCAAAGGAUAGCGAUCUGUCCGAGUCAAUUGCCGAAUCCUCUACGGCAGUUUCAACGAGUGAUGACACCGUACUCGGCUCACAAGACGACCAGGCCAAGGACACCUCCAUUGAGGAGAGGAAGAAAUCAAAGAAGUCAGACGACGAAGAGAAACGUGAAGUCGGCCGUGUGAAGUGGAGGAUCUACGCCAUCUACAUUGCCGCCAGCGCUUCCAUCCUUCUCUGGGUGCUUGCCAUCGCCUUCAUUCUCGGAAGCCGUUUCCUCACUGUCUGGCGGACGUGGAGCUUGAAGAAGCUUGCCGAGUCAUACUCCACCGAAGGCGUGAGCAUGUUCUUCAGCGGGCUUCACACGCAGACAUUCAGCAAUGAGGCCCAGAUGUACCUCCAUCACCCGGCGAUGGACAUAACACGCAUGGAGCAAGAGCGAUCAGUCAGGUUCUGGAUGAUCGCGUACAUUGUGAUAUCGUUCUCGAACGUCUUUCUCGUCGUGGCACGGCAAUACACCUUUAUCAUGAUCGGGCUGAGAGCGUCAAGGGUUCUGUUUGAGCGGAUGACGCAUGCCAUCCUCCGCGCUCCGUUGCGAUGGGUCGACACCGUGCCGUCUGGCCGCAUAUUGAAUCGCUUCACCUCCGAUACUUUCACCGUGGAUCGUCGUCUGUCUGGCGAACUGGGUGGCCUGAUCUCGAACAACUUCAGCAUCAUUGUGAUCAUCGCCUCGAGCUUCGUGGUCUCGAAAUGGGUCAUCGUCUGUGGAGCAGUUCUCCUGAUUUUCUACGCCGGCGUUGCCAAGACGUACAUCACCGCCGCUCGCGAGGUAAAGCGCAUCAAUUCCGUCUCCAGCUCGCCGAUCUAUGACCAGUUCAGCUCUGUGCUCUCCGGGCUCUCCACCAUCCGCGCCUUCCACCGCACCGACUUCUACAUGGACCGCAUGUACGGCCUUAUCGACAAUGGCGCCAAGGCGACUUGGGCUCUGCAGCUGUGUUCUCGCUGGAUGAGCUUCCGAAUGGGCAUGCUCGGUGCUGUAUUCGUCACCGCCGUCGCUGUGGCCGUGGCCUUGGGCGGCGUCGGGCCUGCCCUCGCAGGUUUCGGGCUCACGUUCGCGCUAGGGUACUCGGCAGCUCUAACACAGUUGCUCACCAACAUGACGAGUGUAGAGCUUGGUUUCAACGCUGCCGAGAGGGUCAUCGAGUACUCCGAGAUCGAGACCGAACCCGAGAGUGGCAUCGAGGCUCCAGCAGCAUGGCCAGCCCGUGGCGAGAUCGAAGUCGACAAUCUCACCGUAUCUUACGGCGACGAUCUGCCGCCGGUCCUGAAGAACCUGCACUUUGACGUCAAGGCCGGCGAGAGAAUUGGUAUUGUGGGACGGACGGGCGCUGGCAAGUCGACGCUUGCAGCUGUGUUUUUCAGGCUGCUCGAGCCGAAAGAGGGGACCGUAAGCAUCGACGGCAUCAACAUUGCGACGCUCAAGUUGUCCCAGCUCAGGAGCAGGCUGGCCAUCAUCCCGCAAGACCCGUUCCUGUUCUCCGGCACGCUGCGGUCGAACCUGGAUAUGGAGGAAGUCAAGGAUGACUACGAGCUGCAGACUGUGCUGCAGCGAGUCCACCUCAUCGAGCCCCAGACCGGCGACCCGCAGAGGCCGAGCGCCUAUGCUCCAGCAGAUGACACAGCCGGGCAAGGAUCAGUCGAGGAUGCCAUCGCGGAGGAGAUCUUGGCAGCACCGGAUCCGGCCUCUGCCACCGGGGUUACCUCCACCGCUGAUGGUGCCGACGAGGGCGUGGAAGCAGUCGCUGUCAACACAGAGGUCGAAGCCAACACUCCUACUACGUCUUCCGACGCCAACGACACCAGCAGCAGCAGCAGCACGUUCAAGGACCUUUCCACCCCGAUCUCGGCUGGUGGCGCCAACCUCUCCCAAGGCCAACGUCAACUCGUGUGUCUCGCCCGGGCGAUUCUCGCUCGCCCCAAGGUUGUGGUCCUAGACGAAGCGACAUCUGCUGUGGACCGCGGAACCGACGCGGCGAUCCAGGACUCUCUGAGGCAGGAGUUCGCCGCCGGAGGCUGUACCGUGCUGGUCAUCGCGCACCGCCUGAGCACGGUGGCGGACUUUGACCGGCUGCUGGUGCUGAAGGAGGGCAGGGUGGCCGAGUUUGGCACGCCCAAGGAGCUGCUGCAGAGGGGCAUGGAGAAGGCUUCCCGUCGGGAGGGCGGCGGCGAGCAGGAGGCGGAGGAGGGUGAUGGCGAGGGAGACGAGGACGUCGGGGCGUUCUGGGAGUUGGUCCAGAGGAGUGCGGAGAAGGAUAAGCUGGUGGAGAUGAUCUUGGGGUAG